AUGCCCUCCAACCGUGGCCCGGCGCCCGUGAAGCUCUACAGGAAGGACGACGCCGAGGUCCUCAUGCUCGGCCCCAUCACCUGCUACGUGUUCGAGGACGGGUCCCACACGGACAACCGCGUCGGCGCUAUUCUCCUGAUGAUACCCCCAGGCACCUCCGGCCCACCUAUGCAUUGGCAUCGCUUUCAUGAUGAGUUGUUCUUCGUGACCAAGGGGACUGUUCGAUUCAUCGUUCCCGACGGCAGCAUGGACGUCUCGCCUGGAGACCUGAUGGUUGUUCCUCCCAGGGCCAUACACACCUUUGAGAAUGCCUCGGCCACGGAGGAGGCUGAGCUUUACAUGACUGCUACGCCAGGGUACUAUAUCGAUUAUUUCCGAAUGCUGGCCCAGGGGACGGAGAAUGGUGAGAAGCUGGACGAGGCGGACACUAUGUACUUGAUGGCCCAAUUUGGGACGUUUCCACCGGACAUACCGUCCGAACCGUAG